AUGCGAAGAAUGAUGAACACAGUUAUUCUGAUGAUGGCCCAGCUACUAACUGCAGAUGACAACGAGGAUAUUCCAGCGGACCAGAGCAGAUGUAUCGUACUUUCAGACUUUCGCAAGGCUUACGAUACCGUGGACCGGGAGUUCAUGCACGAGGCUUUGCAUCUCUUCGGUUUUGGCGCACGCUUCGUCGACCUCAUACGUCGCAUCCACCAAGGCACGCCCGUUUUUUUUUGUUGUGAACGGGAUCGAGUCCUCAGCUGUGCCGGUGCGGUCCGGUAUACGGCAGGGAUGCCCGCUGGCACCCCCGCUCUUUCUGACGGUGGUGAAGAUUUUAAGUCUCGCAUUAAAGCAGGAAUCAGCCCUCCGGAGGCUGCAGACGCCAGGGUUGUCGGGUCAACGACAUUUUUUUUCUGCCUUGUUGACGACUCAACGCUAUUCCUAGAAAAGUAUGAGCAGCUUCCGCGUGCUAUCCGUCUCGUCAAAGCCUUUGGGGCUCUAUCGGGGCUGCACGUACAGCCGGACGAAAGCAAGAUUCUGUUUUUGAACCGGUCGGUAAUUCUAAAGCAGUACGAGGGCAUUGCAGUAGUUCCGCCAGGUGACACAACCCGAUACAUGGGUUAUGAGAUCGGAGCCGUGGAAUUAGUGAAUAAGGAUUGGGCCUUGAGGAUCCAGAAGAUCCAACUUCGCCUCAUCACGGCCACACAGGUGGCAACAAGUGUGGAAAAUCGAGUUCUCAUCCUAAACUCCAUUGCACUUCCCCCCUUGCUAAUUACGGCGAGCGUUUUUGACAUACCGCAGUGGGAAAUGCACGAGGUGAAUAAUAUCUACAAGCAAUUCCUAUGGGCACACGCGACAACGACGGAUAGGAGCCGUCACAAAGUCAAUCCUUCUCUGCUCGUCACACCGAAAAAUGCCGGGGGCAUCGGUCUGGCUGCUAUGUUCGUAGCUGUCAAAACCCAGCGAACGAAGCACGCGCUUCUCUGGCUCACCCAAACUUCGGACAGGUACUUUACUGCCUGGCGGCAGUGGGCUUACAGAGGACUGAACCAAGAGGCUGCACAAACGAUUUCUUUAAUGCUGGGAGGACGUCGGCAAGCUUCUAACUUGACCCGAACUUCGGUGCGGGAGUUACAGCAGACGUUGGGGGAAUGGCUCGCUCCAACACCGGAUUCGGCCGAUCGGGUCGUCAGGUGGGUUGCCACACAGUCAGCUCCUCUGCUGGAGAGGGCAGCCAAUUGA